AUGCCCACAGAUGAAGAAGCCACCCUUUGGAAUCCAGCACCUGGAAAGCCUACAGAUUCUCGACUUGUAGGAAAUGCAAGGAGAAUUUGUGCUACGUAUGCAGCCAAAUGGAGGCGAAGAUUAUUAGAAAGUGAAGAAGUUUCCAAAAAAGUGUUUUCGGUUUUGGGUUUCAAAAAAGUGAAAAUUGAGAUCACAUUAAUUAGCCAGCUGAGGAAAUGUUUACGACAAAAGAGGUAUGUUGUGGUUUUUGAUGAUGUCUGGAAGACAGAGUUUUGGGAAAUUGUGAAACAUGCUUUACCAUACAAUGACAGAGGCAGUAGGAUUAUCAUCACAACACGCAGUGAUCUUAUUGGUGUUUCUUGUAAAGAAUCUUUAUCCGAUCUAGUGCACAAGCUACAACCUCUAUCUCAAGACAAGGCUUGGGAAUUGUUUUGCAGAAAGGCAUUCCAGACCGAGUUCCAGAGGUGUUGUCCGAGAGAGUUGGUGAGAAUGUCGAUGGACAUUGUCAAAAAAUGUGAAGGCCUACCACUUGCAAUUGUUGCCAUAGGUGGCCUUCUGUCAACAAAGGAGAAGGUGCUGUUAGAAUGGCAAAAGUUACUCGAUAGCCUCAGCUCUGAGCUAGAAUGUAAUCCCCACCUUACAAGUAUCACUAACAUUCUCUCUCUCAGUUAUCAUGAUCUUCCGUGCUACCUAAAGUCAUGCUACUUGUACUUCGGCAUUUUCCCGGAGGACUACUCAAUCAGUGCUCCAAGAUUACUUUGGCUAUGGGUAGCUGAGGGCUUUAUAAGAGGAAAGAAGGGAAAACCAUUGGAAGACGUGGCAGAAGAAUACUUAAUGGAUCUCAUUAACAGAAACUUGGUUCAAGUUUCAUUUGGGGAACUUGAUUACGAGAUACAGAGAAAAUACAGAAUCCAUGAUUUGCUGCAUGAAAUCAUCCUAUCGAAGGCUAAAGAGUUGAAUUUUUGUCAAGUUCUAGAAGCUGGUGACACAACUUCCCAUGGAAAAAGUCGGCGCCUAUCAAUCCACGAUGUUAGAGAAAAUGUUUUCGAGACAAGGAGUAAAAUUAUGUGAUGGGGUUGGAUGUUUAAGUGACUUGCAAACGCUAUCACUUGUAGAGGCAAAUCAUCACGGUGUUGGUCUAUUCACAGAGCUGGGAAAGUUGAGUCAGUUGAGGAUGCUGGGCAUUUCAAAUAUGGCGGAAGAAAAUGGGAGGGAUCUGUGUGCCUCCCUACAAAAUAUGGUCCAGCUUAAGAUUUUGGUUGUAAGCUCAAUCAGUGAAGAAGAAAUUCUAGAUUUACAAUCAAUUUCAUCGCCGCCUCAAUUUUUAGAGCAUAUCUUUCUAAGGGGACGGUUGGAGAAGUUGCCCAACUGGAUUGCAGGGCUUCAUAAUCUGGUCACAUUAGGCUUAUGUUUCUCAUUUUUAGUGGAAGAUCCACUACUAUGUGUCCAGACUUUGCCUAAUUUAACUAAUCUUAGCCUUCAUCAGGGGUAUGAUGGGGAACAUUUGCAUUUUGAGGAAGGCGGUUUUCUAAAGCUCAAAAAGCUCACACUGAAAAAGUUGAACAGAUUAAAGAUGGUGGAAAUAGAUAGAGGAUCACUGGCUGUUCUUGAGCAACUAGAGAUUGGGCCAUGCCUGCAGAUGAAGGAGGUACCCUCUGGAAUCCAGCACCUGAAAAGCCUAAAGAUUCUCGACUUCUAUGAAAUGCAGGGAGAAUUUGUUCUACAUAUGCAGCCAGAUGGAGGCAAAGAUUAUUGGAAAGUCAAGAAGGUAACUACAAUCCGUUUCGGUUAUAGGAUUAAAGGAGAACGAUAUCUAAUAUACAAGCUAGGUGACUCAGACUUGUUGGAGCGUCUGCAAGGGUGAGUGAUGCAGGAAUAUGACAGAGUACAGGCUACAUCCACAUUGUUUGCAUUUGUUUCAGUUCGUUGCUUCUAUGAUUCUGCAAGGCCUACGAAUCUACAAAUUUGGUGGUACUCAUUUAUCCUACCUGGGAGUCCCACAUGAAGGUAACUUGGUAAUCCAAGUAGUCUUUACGUGAAUAGCUUUUUU